GUCAAUAUAUAUAUAUAUAUAAAAAAUAACCGACAACCGACACUCGUGACUUUUAUGCAUUCCACGUGUGUCGUUCAACUGGGAUACACACACACACACACACACACAACUGAUCUCGUCUGGAGAAAAUGGAAACAUACAGAACACACUUUGUCAUGUGGACUGUCCUGGGAUUAGCAGCAGUCUUCAUCUCUGCCUCAGCCCUCUCAGGUUUGAAAGGAAUUGUGAAACAGAAGGUCCUCCUGCAUUGCCCCUGCGUAAAUAGAAAUGUGAGGAAGACAAUUAUCUGGCAGCUAGAAGAGCAUACCACCGUUCUCUAUCAUGAUGGAAGUAAUAACCACACAACCAUAGGGACGAGAUAUGAAAGCAGGGUCAGUCUCUUUCUAAAUGAAGACAAGGACAACUGUUCGCUGCUCCUCUCAGGCAUCACUGUGGCAGACAACGGGACAUACAAAUGCUCCUUUACAGCCAACGCUUUUGUCUACCAAAAAGUCAUUCUACAUGUGGCUGCGAGCUACAGUGUCUGUAUGGACCUCGUCUCAGACCAGGCUUCGGUGAGUUCCGGAGGGGGAGAGGGGUCGGGGGUGUACCAGUGUAAAGCCUCUGGGGGCUAUCCAGAGGGCCAGAUUCACUGGGAGCUGGAAGGACAUCCUCUGGUGAACCCCUCCAGGAGGGAUGUGACCCACCUGGACAACUUUACAGGACUCUACAGCCUGACCAGCAACCUGACCAUCGAGCUGAGUGAGGGUGAAAAACUGCAGUGUGUGGUGGAGAACACAGCCUUGGCCUCCAACCUCACCUCCAACUCCAGCUGCAAUCAAAAGCCUAUGCCCAUGGAACAUAGCGGUCAUUAUAAAGUAGAGGUUGCAGCAGUUGUGGCUGUCAGCCUGAUUGGGAUGUUUAUUGUGGGAGUCCUGCUGGUGUUCUUACUAACUAGAUGUUGCCGACGUGAAAGGUCAACGAAGCAGAGACUCAGAGAGGCAGGAAAGAGGCGUGACCCAGUCGUUUAAUGUGUAUGAAGAUGACUCUGCCUGAAUGUGUGAAGCGUCUCCCCUUCUGAUGCAACAAUCUCUCUUCAACUGGCAGACAACAAAAUGGAGGGAUGAUGAUAAGAGGAACUGAAACUUAAAAUAAGGCCUGUGUUCAAUGUUCAAUGUAGAACUUGGAGCAACAUUGAGCAAUGUGUUGUGCCGUCAUGUCUGAACUAUUCUUUGGGUGUUAUGCAACGAGGCAAACGGCGCCUGAAAGUGGUUAAUCAUGGUUUUCCCUAGUUCGGUGACACUGAACUGAACCCUGAGUUACGAAUAUGAUGACGAGAGCAGAGUACAAAAUGUGGCCAUGGAGACAAGGUUUAGGAACUAAAAGAGAAGAGAAGAACAGCAUGAUGGGAGAAAUGACUGUGGUCAAUGGACCGAACGUGAGCUAGACUCAGUGAACGAAGCCACCCCCCCCACCCCUUCCCCAAAAAAGGGAGACUGUGUAUUGCAAUUGUAGAGUUUACUCACUUCUUAAAGUACAGGUGCUUUCAUAUUUCUAAGAAGAGUAGCAGAAUCAAACCAGACUACUGUAGUUAUACAGCUGAUACAUGACUGAACAGCCAUCGUUGUCUUUAUGCAUUUUGUAUACUGCAUGUUCCUGGUGUUGGUCUAAUGUAGAUCUGUCUGGUCUAAACAAGAUAUCCCUAUGUAAAUGUCAAACUGGAAUGGGGGAGCCCCUACUGUGCUUUUAAAACCCCUUAUAAUGUCACUGGUCACAUAAGGAAGCUGCAGUAGGAAGUGACUACUUUGCUGAACCAUUUGAAUCAUGCUGAGGAUUCAAACAAUUUGGUUUUAUGUUAGACCAAAUUAUUAGUUUUCAUGUAAAUAGUCAAUGUUAUUUUACUUAGAAUUGUGAAUUUAAUUCUCUGUGUGAAGAAUUGGACAUGAGAAUUGUGUUAAUUGCUUAUUGUUAUGUAGCUUGCUGUGAACUAAGAGACCAUGUCAUGGGAUGACUAAUGUCAAGGAUUAUUCCAUUUACAAAUGUCAAGCAAAUUCUGGUAACUCCAGUUUAGAGGUCUUCACAGGUCCACCUGAAUACUCCAGACUUGACUUGGGACCGGGUCCAAAAUGUUUUACUUUUCGUUCUGGUCUGGGUCGUGUCCUGUUUGAUUGUCAUCAGGUGUCGGGUCUAUGUAAGCACAGAUGAUAGACCUGAAUGGACUCGACCAAGGCUCUGCAUAGCCUAUAGAGGGCUUGACGUACGAUGCCUCCUGGCGGUCAUGUUGGAAAACCACGGCAUUAAUUAUUCUGUUCUGACAACAACAGCCAAGUGACUACCCCAAACUGCAUGAUAACAGUGGCCAGUGCCGACCCAUCAUUCAGGGCAGGUGGGGCUUUUGAGCCACACAUUUUUAGAAAAAACAUUUUUUGGGGGGG